GUCGUUUUCGACCCUUGUGUAAAUUUUAGACUUCAGUAUUGAGUCGAACGACGGGCGGCCACCAGUGCCGCGAGAUCGUUGCGCGUUUCCUCGGACUGCGUUUGUGAAGGGGGAAUUUUUUUGUCCCUUUUUGUUUUUUUUUCUUUUCCGUCGAAAAUUUUUAUUUCCAUUCGCCUGUAAAAUAAAAAGAAAAGUUCGAGCUGUGUUCCGGCGGAAAAAAAUAUAACGCGACUCCCGGGGUACAGAAUCCCAGCGGCAAAAUUACCGAAAAACUAAUUUGGGAUACACACACUACAUAGAGAAGUCACCUAUUCAAACAUGGUGAAUCCAACCGAACCAGCAGCCACAGAGCUGGAAACUUUUCUGCCACAGGAUGGCUCUAAUAUGAAAGAUGGAGCGUUGAGUGCGAAGUACAAAGUGCAAGUAUUACCGCGUGACGCAGAAGCUCCAGUGCUCCAAAAUGCGGGAAGUAAAACUUACGAUCCUUUCGCAGAACGCCAGAACGAUAAUCCUACCACAGACUGCGAUACGUUGACCCAUUUACUCAAGGCAUCUCUUGGAACCGGUAUCCUGAGUAUGCCGUACGCCUUCAAAAGUGCAGGGCUGAUAGCCGGUAUAUUCGCAACUGUCUUAGUCUCCAUUAUCUGCACACAUUGCGCUUACGUUCUUGUGAAAUGUGGUCAAAAAUUAUACCACAGGACUCGAAAACCGACGAUGACAUUCUCCGAGGUCACGGAAACCGCGUUCGCUACUGGACCGGAAUGGGGAAGACGAUUUGCUCCACUUAUGAAAUACACGAUACAAGUAAGUUUAUUUGUAACGUAUUACGGUACCUGCAGCGUUUACGCCGUAAUCGUUGCCGGUAAUAUCAAACAAGUUAUCGAUCACUACACGGGCGACCCAAUGAACGACCGUGCAAUGAUAGCCAUGCUUUUGCUACCCCUAAUCUUGCUGGGCUGGGUACCGAAUCUGAGAUAUCUCGCCCCAGUUUCGAUGGUCGCUAACGGUUUCAUGGCAAUAGGUCUCGGAAUUACCUUCUACUACUUGAUAGCGGGGAUGCAACCGAUCACGUCGGACCACUUGACGGUGCCGAUAGGAGACCUACCCCAAUUUUUCAGUAUCACUAUAUUCGCCAUAGAGGCAAUAGGCGUGGUCAUGCCCCUCGAGAACAACAUGAAAACCCCGCAGCAUUUCCUCGGACUUUGCGGUGUUCUGAACAAGGGUAUGUCCGGAGUUACUCUGAUCUACAUUUUACUUGGAUUUUUGGGAUUCGUCGCUCACGGAUCGAAUACGCAAGAGAAUAUUAUUUUGAAUUUGUCCGAAACGGAAGUACUUGCACAAUCCGUAAAAAUUCUCAUCGCUCUCGCGGUUUAUUGCACAUUUGGACUGCAGUUCUACGUGUGCUACGAAAUCGCGUGGAACGCCAUCAAAGAAUCUUUCACAAAGCGACCGCUGAUCGCCCAAUACAUUUUGAGAACGGGAUUGGUAACUGGCUGCGUUCUGCUGGCCGUUGCAGUGCCUUCGAUUUCGCCAUUCAUGGGACUGAUCGGUGCCUUCUGCUUUUCGAUAUUGGGUCUGGUAAUUCCUUUGUUAAUCGAGAUAGUAACUUGCUGGGACGAGGGUUUCGGCCCCGGAAAUUGGGUGCUUGUAAAAAAUGUAAUUAUAUGCAUACUGGGAUUCGUAGUUUUAGUAUUCGGAUCCCACAGCGCUAUAAUACAGAUCAUAGAUUUGUUCAGUAAAUAAUUAAGCUAAAAACAGAAAAAAAAUCACUCACAAUCUCGCAUCGGAAUAAUGCUUCUUCGCUUUUCGUAAUCCCGAUUCGUGCAGAGAGCCAAUUUUAUCGGUUUUGGGCAAACGAUUUCCGGGUGUAUGCCUGAAAAUUAAUUUUUUUUCUCGCAUAAUUAUUAGCUUGAAUGUCAACGAAGCACCUGCGGUAUUAGCGCGAGUGAAUAAAUGUUAAUGGAACAAAGAGGUUUAUUAGAAACCUGUUGCGCUGAUGCGAGGGGUGCUGGAGUUGCAUGAAAUUGAUUUACAAUACGUGCCUUCCUAUUUUCGAACAUUCUGGUAAAAAGCCACAUAUUGUAAUAUCCGCGUACACGGUGGGGAGUAACACCAUGUUAUUUUGAGGAGCUGAGCUGAUCAGUUCGAACAAUUCUAGAAGUAAAUGAAUAAUCCCAAUAAACGAAGAAAGUAUGCAAUUAGACUUUAAGUAGAAAAAGUAUUCUUGAGAGCUAUAUAAGAAUGAUUUUUUUUUUUUUUCUUAUUCGAAGGAAAAGAUAAAACAAUAAUAUCUAUGUAUACUCCACGAGCCAAUUCGUCUGCCACAUCGAAAUUUUAGAUAGUGUUGGAUUUUUAUUUCUUGCCGUUUAAUUUAUAAUGAAAACUUAAACAGGUUUUAAGGGUUUUUCGCGGCACAUCGAAUAUAUUCUUAUAGAACGUUAUAAUUAGUUAGUUCAAUUUCAUUUCCGAUCAUUUUAAGAUUAAAAAAAAAAAAAACUUACGUUUCAUACCAGAGCAUUUAAAAAGUUUUAGGUACUUAUAUCGUAUUGCAUAAUUAAUACCUAUGUGUAAUAAUUUUUAAUAAGAUACUUUUUGCAGAAAUAAUAGGUAUUUCUUCAAUUUUUUUUUCUCAUUCAUCUCCCGCCUAAUUUUUUGUUAUGUUUUUAUAUACGUCACGAAGAUAUACAUAUGUAAAUACUGUUUAUGUAGUAAUCGUAUUGUAAAACAGGGUCAUCUUGAAAAACUAGUUAUCAAUUAUUGUAGAAAUUUGGAAAAUUUAAUGCACAAAAUGAAUGUCCGUUAGAAUGAUGAAUACUAUUCGAAUUAAUGGAAGCGUUGUAUUAUGAUAUAAAACAACGCGAGGAAUUUUAAUCCAAUUUACGACCAGAAUUCAACACGGUGUUUAAAAGUUAUGACAAUAUAUCAGAACUGUGAUUGGUAUCUAAAUUGCAAUAAUGUUGAUAGGCUGAAAAUGUAUGAAUAAAUGCGAUAAGUUCGAUCGACUCGAAAGUAUGUAUAGUUAGGUAUUCAAAUCAUUUAAUAAACUUAACGAUCAUAUCAUUGAAAAAUAUCUUUAAUCAUUAGACUAAAAUCAGAAUAGGGUGCGUAUUUAUUUUUUACAGCAUUUAAAAUACUCGUAAGCCCUAUUCAUGGGUAAUACCUAUUUACAACAUGUCUAGGAUGAAUAUUCGAUAGCUUGAUAAUAAAUAGCAUCGAAUUUACGCCACUUUCAGAAAGUUUUUAUGAGCAGCAGCCUCGUCUUUGGGGAUAUUUUUAUGGUAGCUAAAUUGCCUUCAAAACAUGUAUUUUUUAAUGUAUCACCAAAUAUGCUAUGAGAUUUGGUUACAGUCGAUGUAAGAAACAGAGAACGAAAUAAAUAUUUCACAUGAA